AUGACAAAAUUGAUAAAAAAAUUCAUUGUCGACAGAUUUCCUUCACGACGUUCUGAGCUCGCCGCUAUCAGAAGGUCGAGAAUAUUAUUUUUAUGGCUUUGCUACAUAGGCGUAUUAAUCUAUUUUUGCCGGGAAGCAUUUAAGCUGAGUCAAGAUGAGAGAACUUUAAGUUAUAAAGAAGACGAUAGUAGCCCCAUUCCUGCCCCUUUCGCUUCUUUUUUCUCUCUUUUUGACUUCACUAUCAGCUGCGAGACGGGCUAUUAUAAUAAUAAUUCAACUGGCGAUUGUACUGAGUAUGUCGGUGACACCUAUUACUAUCAAGAUUUCGGCUACUCGAUAAACUUCAGUGCACCUGACUUAGGGUUUGAUAACCCUAACGAUAAUGCAAAUGCCUUAUUUGCCAUUCAAUUAACGGUUAAUAUAACGGAUCCAAAGUUUACCGGCGGCGAUGCUGGUCUGACAGCGUUCUUUGCUGAUAAAGCGUCCAAAAUGCAACGCAUAAAAGGAGUUUCUAGUUAUGAGUCUACGGCAGUGCUUGCUAACACUUACUAUUUCGCUAACAACCAGUCGUACGCCCUCUUUUACUCACGCAAAAUAUUAAGUCGCCUUCACCAAACUGCUGUAAACGUCCUGUCUGGAAAUGGCGAUCACAAACCUAUAGCAAUGAUAAGUAGCAUACUCGUAUCAUACCCCAACAUUUUUGUCGAGGGCUACGCAAAUAUAGCUAUAAGACCCAAUUCUUAUAUAGUCAUAAUGGAAACCGAAAAGUCCGAUUUGACGGUGGGUGAUUUCCUCAGUGUUGUGGGUGGUAUUUACGCUACUGCAAUGGGAAUCUAUCUAUUCUUAUACGGCUCCUAUGAAAUGAAUCCAUGGGGUUUGAUUCAAAAUCUGCCGUGCGUCCGCCACAAAGUUAGGUCAGCCCUCUACGAUAGUCUACGUCCAAAUAUUCCGUUCUCAGGUCCUAUAUUAUCAAAAAAUCUUUCAAGCGACGAGAAAGUUGUAGCAGUGGAACAAAGAUUGCUUUCAUUGGAGUUCUUUUUAAAGGAAUACGUUGUAAGCGUAAACAACAUCGUAAAGGAUGACACUCACAAGAGGGAUAUCGAGGCGCCUACUGAGAAGGGUGUUAAAAUAUCUGAAAAUUGA